AUGGACGACCUGCUGGGGAACGGCAAGCUACUGAAAGAGGUUCUCAAGGACAAUCCAGAGGGAAGAGUUCCUCAGACGGGUGACCGUGUCACCGUGCACUACACUUGCCGCUUGGGUGCUUCCAAUGGCUCCCUCCUGGAUGACUCGCGAGGCAGAAACGAGCCCUGUUCCUUCACACUCGGACAAGGCGAGGUCAUUCUCGCUUGGGAGCAGGCGAUCUGCUCCAUGCAUUGCGGCGAGUUGGCGGCAUUGACCGUCCAUCCCGAGAUGGCCUUUGGAGACGCCCAGGUUGCUGGCGGUGCCAUUCCUGCUGGUCGGCCUCCAUGCCUUGACGAAGCCAAGCGGACGUUGUACUUUGAGCUGGAGCUUCUGGACGCCUUGGCCCCUGAAGAGCUUGACGUCUGCCGGGAGGAUCUGUCAGCAGAGGAAAGGCUGGUGCAGGCCACGAAAGCCAAGGAAGAAGGCAACACCCACUUCAAGGUUGGCUCCUGGGAGCAGGCGGCAAGCUCGUACCUGUCGGCACUUGAGCUUCUGGGGUUCGAGGAACAUGCAGAUCAGCGAGCUGAAGAGGGUGUGUGGUCGGAUGCCAUUCGUAGCGAGUCGAGAAAGACACUGGCGUUGGCUUGCCAGCUGAACCUCUCGCAGUGCAUGCUGAAGCUGGAGGAUCACCAGGCUGCACGGUGUCACGCGGAAGCAGCGCUGAUCCUACAUCCCCGGCACUCCAAGGCUCUCUAUCGCCGUGGCCUGGCUUGCCUUGGAUGUGAGCUCUUCCACCAGGCGAAGGAGGACUUGCGCGAGGCUGCUAAGCUGGAGCCAAGGAAUGCUGAGAUUCGUCGUCACCUGCAGGAGUCCGGGCCACAGUGGGGGCUGGGGUCACCUCUACGUGUCCUGACAUCCACUUCGACUUCGGCAAAGCGGGUCAACAAGCUCGACUUCACAGGGUCAGUUCACGCCCUGACUCCGGCAGCGCGCGGCGUAGCGUGUCACAGCGUCUUCGAGCUAGAGAGAUGCUCCCGCGACUCUUGCUUCUGCACCUGGGUCACCUGGACCUUCGUGGCCAGAGAGGUUUCCAGCGCUUCCGCGGCUUCCCCAGUCGACAAAGUCUUAAGCGCUCUCAGCGAAAUGAAAAGCACUGGGCUUGCUGAGAUGGAUGCAGAGAAGACUCAGCACGCUGAGUUCUCGGCGUUUUGCGAAAAGACCCUCAGCGAGAAAGCAUCUGCCAUCGCAGAGGGCAAGGACAGCUCCGAGCAGCUGGAGGCAAAGAUUGAGAAGCUGCAGGCCUCGAUUUCCAAGCUGGGAGGGGAGUUGCAGAUGCACGCGCAAGACAUCCUCACAACCAACAAGGACACUGAUGAUGCCAAGGCUUUGCGCACCCAAGAGGCAGCUGAUUUUGCUGCCACACUGAAGGAGUACGAGGAGUCAAUUGAUGCAAUUGGGCGCGCGACCCAAACUUUGAAGGAUCAGGAUUUCAGCCGCCCGCAGGCAGAAAAGGCUGCUCUCGCCCAGUUUUCAGGGGCUGUCGGGCCUGCCCUGCCUUCUUUAUCCGGAGUAUCUGCUGCUUCCACACCGAAGCAGUUGAACGCAGUCCUGGCAGCGUUCCUGCAAGCCGAUCCAAAAGCGACCGGGUACGAUUUCCAGUCUGGGGGUGUGAUCAAGAUGCUGAAGCAGCUUAAGACCAAGUUCCAGGCGGAGAAGGCGGAUCUCGAAAAGACAGAGGCGACCAAGAAGAGCUCCCACGAGCUCCUCAUGACCAGCCUCGCAAAGCAGCUCACAAGCUCCGAGGAGACCAAGGCCGAGAAGACUCAGUUCAAGAGCAAGGCUGAGGAAGACUUGGCGACGGCAAAGUCAGACUUGGAGGAGACGGCAAAGACCUUGGCCGCUGACACCAAGUACCGCCAGGAUCUGCUGAUGGAAUGCAAAGACAAAAGUGAGGAGUUCAAGAAAAGCCAGGCGCUGCGGAGUGAAGAGAUCGAGGCGAUCAACAUGGCAACGGAGAUCAUCAGUGGCAAGUCCGUGGCUGGCUCUGCCGAGAAGCACAUGUCAGGACUCCUACAGAUCUCGACUUCCUUAGCAUCACUCCGCUCUGUCAAGAGACCCUCUCAAGUGAGCUCAGCAUUGAGCAUUCUUGAGGCGGGUGCCCGCGACUUGAAGAGUCGUGAUUUGGGUCUUCUGGUUCAGAGGAUCAAUGCCCUCGCUGAUGCUGGACCCCACGACUCAGAUUUGAGCAGCAUCAAGGGCUUACUGGAAAAGCUUUUGGCCAACCUUGAGGCCACGGCAGACUCGGAAAUUGAGCACCAGGCCUUCUGCAAGAAGGAGCUGGCCGGCAACAAUCGAACACGCGCAAAACAGACCGAUGCCCUGGAGAGCGUUUCGGCAGAGCUCGACCAGCUGCAGACAUCGCUUGCCAAGAUCACGGAAGAGAUUGCCACAACCUCAGCCCAGAUCACGGAGCUUAGCACGGCCAUGUCUGAGGCUACUGGGCUCCGUCAGAAGGAGAAGGCCAAGAACAAGGCGACCAUCAAAGAUGCUCAAGUGGCCCAGGAUUCAGUUGCAAAGGCAAUGGGAAUCUUGCAGGAUUUUUACGACAAGAGCGGCACCUCCUUCUUGCAGGGGGCCUCGCAACAGAAGAAGAUCUUAGGCCUCCUCGAAACACUCCUCGGGGACUUCUCGCGCUUGGAGGCCGAGACCUCUGCUGCGGAGCAGGCCUCUGACAAGGAGUUCAGGACUUUCAUGGAAGAUUCUCGGGUCGACCAGGCUGAGAAAAGGAUGGAUUCACAGCAUUUAGAGGAGAAGAAGGAGCAGCAGGGCAAGCUCAUGGCCCAAAGACAAGCUGACCAGACGUCUUUGCAGACACAGCUGGACUCGGCCAACAAGUACUAUGAGGAGCUUGCGAAGCAGUGCUUGUCGGAUGAGAGCGAUGCCGCCAAGAAGGAGGCACUGCGACAACAGGAGGUCCAGAACCUGAAGACGGCUCUAAAGGAACUGUCGGACUGA